UCAUCAAUCAAUUAAUUUCCGCUCCCUCAAGCGUGCUUGUUUCCUGUGUGCCGCAGCAGCAAAAACCUUCUCGCCGCCUCCAUCAUGACGCGCACCAUGAUCGUCCUGUUCGCACUGGUCGCUGUGGUCGCUGCCGAGCCACCGUUGCGCUUCCGGCCCCGUGCCGCGUCCUUCACUGUGCAGCGACCGAACGCACGCUUUGCCAGGCUGGAGGACGCACCGCCGGCAGCAGAGCAACCGGCCGGCUACCACUAUCCCAAGCCGAUGUCUGCCGGCUACCACUAUCCCAAGCCGGACCAAGCGUUCCCGCUGCCGGGCGAGGAGAUGCCACCGGCUUUCACCACCGAGCAGGCACCGGCCGCCGAGACGACGACACCGGUCCAGGAGGAGCAGUCGACAACGACGGAUUCGAGCGACACCAUGACUACCACCGCGGCUUACGAAGACUACGAAGAUGCUACUGGCGCCCCGGAACCGGUGGCCGAUGAUACCAACGUGAGCGCUAAGCUGCGCCGCCGCCAGCAGCUUAACGCCCGCCGUCCCGCUCCCCUAACGCUGGUCAACCGACCGAGCCAGCGUCUGGAGGAACUGCCUGCCGCCGUGUACGUGGCCGACCAGGAGCAGCAGCAGGUGGUACAGCAGCGUCCGGUGUAUCUCAUCAGUCUUCCCGAGUCGACCCUGCAGCAGCUCGUUUUGCUUAACAACGCGCAGCUUGCCGGGCUGCAGGUCGCUCCCCAGCCCACCGCCGUCUACCUGUCCGAGCUGGACUACAUCUACAAGAAGAAGUAGAACGCUCCCACCGCCAUUCACGACACCAGUCUUCUAACUCUAGCACUCUACGGGUGCCCCAUACCGCUAGGAUUAGUAACGAUGCACCCUCGUCGGACCAAAGAUGCGUUCACUUCGCAGCGACCAUGGAAAGGCUCAGCCAGACGUUACCGGUACACUGUAUAUAGAGCAAUGUAAUAAAACUUGUUACCACUCAUCAUUCAA